AUGGAUUUCACCAGUCUAUUAUCACAAGAAAUUAACAACAAGAAGAAAAAGAGAAAGUCAAACAAAAAGUCGGCGGAGAAGUGCAAAAAACAAAAAAUAGUAGCUGAAGCCGAAAAUGAUACAGAGUUAACGGAAAUUGUUACAAAUCGAAAUCGUUUGGAAAGUGAAAAUUCAACUAUUCAUAAUCAUGAUAACGCAGUUCCUGUUGAUUUAGAGGAUGAUAACACUUUAGAUCAAGAAAAUGUUGCAUCAAAGCCCGAUCCACGUUUGAGUCUAGUUGAAGGCUUGAGUGACGAGGCAAUUGACGAAAAGCUAGCCCAAUAUAAUGAAAAUGACGCUUCGCUUACACGAUUGCAAAAGCUCAAGAAGCUUCAAUACCUUUUACCAAUCGAGUUGCAGAAUAAAAAAUAUGCUUCCUGGUUGGAACAGGAAAAGCCAUACCACGAGGAUUCGGAAAAGCAGCGGGUUACACUUGAGUCUAUCAUUGAUAUUGCUUCACACAAAGGGGAAUUGCGAAUCCAAAUUCGAGUUUAUCUUAAAAAUCUUAUUUCGGAAUGGGAAAAAGAAGAAUCAAAUUCUGGAGACCACGAUUCGUUGCUCUUGGAGACGAAAAAGGAUAUUGUGAAGCUCUUGUACAAACUUCGGGCAAACAAGUUAUCUGAAGAGAUGUUGAUUUCUUUAGCGACUAUUGUGUACCACAUACAAGCUAGCCAAUUCAACAAAGCCAAUGAGAGUUACAUGAAGCUAAGUAUUGGAAAUAUUUGUUGGCCAAUUGGUGUAGCCAAUGUCGGAAUACACGCAAGAAGUGCGAGUACAAGGAUAACUGGAGGCAAAGGAGUUAGCAACAUCAUGAUUAACGAAUCCACCAGAAAAUGGAUUCUUAGUGUCAAGAGACUAAUUGGUUUUAAAGAGAGAAUGGGCCAGUGA